UGAAAAAUGGAGUUAUAAUGUGAACGAUACAGAUUAUGAUUCUGCCAAUCUCUUUAUGGUUAUUCUUCACGAAAUUGGUCACAGUUUAGGUUUAUCGCAUAGUAACGAUAAGAAUUCUGUAAUGUAUCCCUGGUAUUCACAUAAAUUACUCACUAUUACUCAGGAUGAUAUUAACGGUAUGGAGGCUUUAUACGGACGCAAAAGUACAUAUAUUACUACGCAGCAAACUAGUGCAUCAACCCAGGCAACACCGCGAAAAAGUACAUCUUAUAUUCCUACACAGGCUAGUACAUCAACUCGAUCGCAUAAAUCGAGGGUGCAUACUACAAGACCCCGUCCUAUACCAACCGAGAUUAUACCUCACCAAACAACGAAAACUGCACCGCCUUUUUGUGCUAUUGAAUAUCCUAAUAUUCUCUUUCUGGCAUAUGAUCCUCAGUUUAAGAACCAUCAUAUGUAUAUAAUACAUGACGGAUUUGUAUGGAAGAAUGAUCUAAAUGGUCACAUGGUACCGAAUAAUCCCGAACAUUUGAGUACUUAUUUACCUAAACAAAUAAGAAAUAUUUCGUAUGUGUUUCAGAACACGGCUGGUAACUUAAUUGUUACAUCAAAUAAUACUAUGUACUCAGUAUCAUUUCCCAGCAUAACUAUUUCAAGAGAUAUACCUCUGUUUAUAUUACCACCCCAUGCCGAGAUAAACGUUGUAUUUCAGACUCAUACAGGAAAGACAUAUAUAUGGUAUGACAAUACAUCAUUCAUUGAAUAUGACGACAUAAUAGACCUAGUCAUUAGCAGAGGACUUAUAAAGGACAUAUUCCCUGGAGUACCGACCACCGUUAAAUCGGUAUUUAAAUAUAUAGAUGGACAUUUAUACUUUCUAGAUGGUAGCACGUAUUACAAAUAUAAUGAAUUUACAAAGAAGAUCAUCGAAAUUGGCAGAUGUAAUUGGAACUUAUUCGGAAUUCCUUGUCCAGAUGACAGCCUGAUUACACAGUUGAAAUAUUUACUGAAUAAAGUUGGCUCUUUUUAUACAUAA